ACGGAGCUGUCACAUACAAAUGACUAUGCAAAACGUGUACAGCUAUCUCAACAGUGUGAUUAGGCCUGCACAGUGCAUACCUGGAAAUGUGCAAAUCACAAUACGCUAGCUGUCUUGAUCGGAUUAUCGAUGGAGAAAUGGGUUUCUCAGUUACCACAAACAAGGAAUCCUCCGGAUAACAACAGUUAGCAGAAACUCAUACAUACAUAUUACACAUGGCAAUGGGACAGUUGUAAUCUGCUGUAAAUCUGAAUCUUUCAAGAUGGAGAAGUCUUCCUUGAGUGCACGUUUAGGAAACCAUUUCAUGUUGAUGGAGAAGUUAAAUGGGCGUUUUUCCAAGAAACAGUGUCCGGAUGAUUUGAAUCAGUUGAGAUAUUUAUGUUCCAAAAUACAUCAUCUUCUUGAUGCCCAAGAUACACUGAAUCGAGAGAUAAUCUUGAAACAUGCUAGCUACUUGGACCAGCUGCUGGGGUUGAUAGAGACCUACACUGACCCCCCACUUACACAGACUGUGUUGCACAUUUUAAUUGAUCUCAUAGGAAAAAAUCAAUCUGGAAAGCGUGUCUCUCGACUGGUCUCCCAUGGUGCAUCCAAUAUCCUCUUCCAGCUUUUGACUCGGGAAUGGAAGGAAACCUCUCCAAAUGAAAACACUUUGCUCCUGUGUCACCAAGUUUUGGCAAAAAUGGGAAUGAAAGACAAAAAGUUUGGCCUCAAAGCUCGUUUGAAUCAGUCCUUGGGGGUGACGAUGGGCAUGCUGAAGAACAACUGCAGUAACUUCCGUGUCCUCCAGUCCAUCAUCCCUGUAAUCAAACAUUACUCCGCAAAUAGUGUGAAUGCUUCUUAUUUGGGAAAGCAAAAUGUCAUACCGUACCUGUUCAAGGUGGCUUCAAGCUGCAGUCGAAAACAGACAACGGUUUUAAAACAUGCGUUGAACACAUUGGUCAACCUAACAAAAUCUAAGAGUAAUUCUGCCCGCACCAUUGGUCAGGAGGGUGUGAAGGUGUUGGUGUCUUGGCACCUGGAGUGGCAUCAGUACGACUCCAGACACAGGCACAUUCCACUACGCAAAGCCAUCCUCAACAUUCUGAAGAAUGUCACCAAUCUCAAAUCAGGAAGAAAAGCAUUCGUGGAAACUGAUGGGAUAACUGUAUUGUAUGACUCUUGCUUGGAGUUAGAAGACAAUAAAGAGAUGGAGAGUGUGGUUCUGAUAGCCAGUCAGAUUCUCAGAAAGUGUUGUCCUAAGAACAAACUACCGCUGUCCAGUAUCAGCAGUCCAGUGACGUGUGAUCUCCCAGCCAGUGAUUACUACAACCUAGACGCCUGCCAAUCUCUGUUAAGCUGCAACAGGGCAUGUGAUAAGCCAGCAGGCUACAGUAGCAGUGAGUGUGGAGUCAGCUCUGUGGUGGGCUGUGGUAGUCAGACCACACCUGAUGCUGACAGUGAUCGCAGCUCAUUAGAUGAUGAUGAUGAUAUUGACAGUGAUGAAGACCGAUCUAAACCAGAGAAACAGGAGCCUGCUGAAGAUGAGGCAGAUGAGACAGAUCCAGAACCCCUCUAUAGGCGCAGUCCUGAUGAUGUACAGGGCUAUCACAUGUUCUUCCCAGAGCUCAUGGACUUCCAGAUUGUGGAUGAGAGUUCGUCGACCCCAGAGAGUGCCAUCGUUAUUCCCACAGCCUUGUCUGAGGGUGUGUCAGUUGACAUUCACCUACAAUCCCGAAAUAGACAAUCCCAUUGGUCAGACUCCAGCAGUAGCAGUCAGGCCAGCACUACUGUGGCUGCAAACAGUGAGGAGUUUGACUCAGAGAGUUACCUCCCUUCUGUUGGUUCAGCGGGAUCAGAGUUAUCAGACAGUUACUUAUCCCUGGCCUCCACUACAGCUGUCAACCUAAAAACAGGCACGACUGUACUCCACAUUGACUGGUCCAUGGCCAGGAAAUUACACUCUUGGACUUCUACGUCAUCACCAGGAGUUGUUAAGUUUCCUAAACUGGGAAAGGCGCUGAAGAGAUCACCAAACACCAAGGAGAAACGGGGCAAAAAAAGUUUACCAGAGCCCAGCUGGUACAUGGGUCCUGACUUUCUAGAGGCCCUGUCAAUAACUCAGGUACCCGGGCCAUUCCUGAACAACCCAGAGUCAGCAGAGAGGCUGGGACAGGGUGUGGACAGCCCCACCCGACUUCAUGACCCUGAGGUCUACGCAGUGCUCGCGCAAGAAACACGCAGUGUCCUGCCAUUCAACAAGCUGGCAUAUCCUGACCUCCACGGAUGUCUGCCGUUCCCAGCAAAAGAGCCUCUCUAUCAUAGAAAGGUUGGAAUUCAGAGAAAGAAGAUAUUUGAGGAUAUAGACAGGAUGAUCCAUGCUAGCAGCCUGUUGGACAAAGUGGUGUAUGACUUGGAUGAGCUUCUCAACGUACCCUCUGAGUCUACUGCUAAUUCCUACCUGUCUAAUGAUGAUGAAGACAGAAUUGGAAAACCAGCAAAUGACUCAUCCUCUCUCUGCUUUAACUCUCAGUUUGAGUGUGGUAAUCUAAGAAAAGUUAUACAGGUACGGGAGUCAGAAUAUGACCUGAUACUCAACCCUGACCCGAACACCAAUCACCAUCAUCAAUGGUUUUACUUUGAAGUCAGUAACAUGGUGGCUGGAGUUCCGUACAGAUUUAACAUCAUUAACUGUGAGAAGCUCAACAGCCAGUUCAACUUUGGUAUGAAGCCACUGGUGUACUCAGUCACUGAGGCUGUUGCAGGCCGGCCACACUGGGUCAGGAAGGGCUCUGAGAUCUGCUACUACAGAAAUCACUUUGUGCGAAGCUCCUCAGCCACAGGCGGGUUGAAGGGCAAAGCUUACUACACAGCCACGUUCACCAUCACCUUUGAGCACGACUAUGAUGUCUGUUACCUGGCGUAUCAUUAUCCCUACACGUACACAUCACUAAAGACCCAUAUAGCCAGAUGGGAAUCCAUGUAUGACAAGAACCAGAUAUACUAUCACAGAGAGACACUGUGUGAGACCAUUGGUGGAAACCCAGUGCCAGUCUUAACUAUUACCUCUCUUCCACACAGCUGGGACAGAGAAGGCAUUGAGGAAUUCAGACAGCGCCCAUUUGUAUUUUUGUCGUCUCGUGUUCACCCAGGAGAAAGUAACUCCAGCUGGGUUAUGAAAGGAACCAUUGAUUACCUCUUCAGUGAUAAACCCCAGGCUAAAGCAGCCAGAGAUUUGUUCAUAUUCAAGAUUGUCCCAAUGUUAAACCCUGAUGGUGUUAUCAAUGGAUGCCACCGCUGUUCUUUGACUGCUGAGGAUUUGAACCGGCGAUGGUUGUUUCCAUGUCCUAAGCUGCACCCUACCAUCUUCCAUACAAAGGGCCUGCUGCUCUACAUGGCCCUGAUUAAUAGAGUACCACUGGUGUUCUGUGACUAUCAUGGCCACUCUCGCAGAAAGAAUGUGUUUCUGUAUGGCUGUAAUCCUCUGGAGUCCUGGAUCCCUGAUGAUCAGAACAACCCAGCCUCAUCCUCUGCUUCUCCCUCGGCACGAUCAGACUCAACCUCAUGCAAGACUUUACCCAGAAUUCUCCAUUCUAUAGCACCAGCAUUUUCUCUUCCUAACUCCAGUUAUCUGGUUGAGAAGGGGAAAGAAUCAACGGCACGUGUGGUUGUGUGGCGUCAGAUUGGGGUAGUCAGAAGCUACACCAUGGAGAGCAGUUAUUGUGGUUGUGACCAAGGACAGUAUAAGGACCUGCACAUCAGUACAAACAUGCUAGAGGAGAUGGGCAGGAAGUUUUGUGAUGGACUAGUUAGAUUAGGCCGGAGCAGAUCUGUGAUGGAGUCUGCCUUCUCUGAACAGCAAACACCGCUGGCCAUUCCUGACACAGGAAGUUCCACAUAUGAUAAUCCCUCUGUGUAUCCAGGUGUUCAGGACGGAGCAGAUGGACUGAGUGAAAGUGAAGAGGAUUCCGAGGAUGAGGAUAGUGAGGAUUCUGAACAAGAUGAGGAGGAGGGUAUGCCUGAUGAGGGAGAUGAUGAUGUGAUCUUCUAGCUGCCCUACAGAUGACCAAGUACAUAGAUGAGGAGGAGGCUACUCCUGAUGAGGGAGAUGAUGAUGUGAUCUUCUAGCUGCCCUACAAGUGACCAUGUAGAUAGAUGAGGAGGAGGCUACUCCUGAUGAGGGAGAUGAUGACGUGAUCUUCUAGCUGCCCUACAAGUGACCAUGUAGAUAGAUGAGGAGGAGGCUACUCCUGAUGAGGGAGAUGAUGAUGUGAUCUUCUAGCUGCCCUACAAGUGACCAUGUAGAUAGAUGAGGAGGAGGCUACUCCUGAUGAGGGAGAUGAUGACGUGAUCUUCUAGCUGCCCUACAAGUGACCAUGUAGAUAGAUGAGGAGGAGGCUACUCCUGAUGAGGGAGAUGAUGAUGUGAUCUUCUAGCUGCCCUACAAGUGACCAUGUAGAUAGAUGAGGAGGAGGCUACUCCUGAUGAGGGAGAUGAUGAUGUGAUCUUCUAGCUGCCUAACAAGUGACCAAGUACAUAGAUGAGGAGGAGGCUACUCCUGAUGAGGGAGAUGAUGAUGUGAUCUUCUAGCUGCCCUACAAGUGACCAUGUAGAUAGAUGAGGAGGAGGCUACUCCUGAUGAGGGAGAUGAUGAUGUGAUCUUCUAGCUGCCCUACAAGUGACCAUGUAGAUAGAUGAGGAGGAGGCUACUCCUGAUGAGGGAGAUGAUGACAUGAUCUUCUAGCUGCCCAACAAGUGACCAUGGACAUAGAUGAGGAGGAGGCUACUCCUGAUGAGGAAGAUGAUGAUGUGAUCUUCUAGCUGCCCUACAAGUGACCAUGUACAUAGAUGACAAGGAGGUGCUCCUGAUGAGGGAGAAGAUGGCGUGAAGUUCUAACUCUCCUACAGUUGACUGAACAGAGAUGAGGAGGGCACACCUGAUGAGGGAGAGAAUGACUUGAUCUCCAAACUGUCCUACAGCUGACUGUGAACAGCGAUGAGUAGUAGGGUACACCCAAUGUGGGAGAUGAUGACAUGAUCUUCUAACUGUCCUACAGCUGACUGUGAACAGAGAUGAGUAGGUGGGCACACCUGAUGUGGGAGAUGAUGACUUGAUCUUCUAACUGUCCUACAGCUGGCUGAACAGAGAUGAGGAGGGCACACAUGAUGAGGGAGAUGAUGACGUGAUCUUUUAACUGUCCUACAGCUGGCUGAACAGAGAUGAGGAGGGCACACCUGAUGUGGAAGAUGAUGACGUGAUUUUUUAGCUGUCCUACAACUGAUGUUGUACAUAGAUGAGGAGGAAGGUACACCUGAUGUGGGAGAUGAUGAUGUGAUCUUUUAUCUGUCCUACAGCUGGCUGAACAGAGAUGAGAAUGGCACACCUGAUGUGGGAGAUGAUGACGUGAUUUUCUAGCUGUCCUACAACUGAUGUUGUACAUAGAUGAGGAGGAAGGUACACCUGAUGUGGGAGAUGAUGAUGUGAUCUUUUAACUGUCCUACAGCUGACUGAACAGAGAUGAGGAGGAGGCUAAAUGCUCUUCCCAGAUAGGACUAGAACAGUUAUUAUACAAUUUUUUUUUAUAUUGGAACUACAAGGAUUUUAUAUGAACACAGGAAUGCAUUUUCCAAGCCAUCAUUUCUUUGACUUGCUUACAUGUAGGAGUGUGUUGAUGUGCAGCCAUAUCUCAAAUGCAUGUAUAUACAAAGCCUUUCAUUUUUAUCAUAGUGAAUAGCAGAUUGUUACCUAUUGCCAAUGAAAAAUGAAGUUCAGAUUAUUGACAGAUUAUUGUCACCACAUGCAUCACAUUUUAACACUGACCAGACCUGUCAGCUUAAUUUUGAGACUAAUUCCAAGCAAGAGCAACGGAUGUUCUUCCCAGUUUAAACAGGAUAAGUAGGAAGAUCCCCCACUCCCUGGUUUGAAGCCAGCAGUGGAAUGCACCAUGUACAUUUUCAGGCAUUAGUGGUCUUGUCAAACUAUAAAGAACAUGUAAAUGCCCUGUACAACCAGCUUGUUUUAUUUUAAAAACAUCUUAAUUACGUUCGGUAAAUACUGAAAAAAAAAUGCGUGCGAGUAAGUUUUCUGUAGUGUUUAAAUGUUACCCUUGGGCAUAUGCGGGAGUCCUUAAAAUAUACAAAGUAGCUUAUAUCGUUAAAACAGUUAGGGGAUAUUCCGAUUGAGCUGUAGAUAUAUUAAUAUCCAGU